AUGACUUCGGUCUAUUUCGGGUCGGCUGGUGGAACAGGCGGCGCCGCCCAAUCUCAAUAUUUCGGAGUUGCUGGGAAGAGUAUAACACCAGGCGGUGCUGGUGGCGGAGCACCUCCACCCGGUGCACCAGCGGGUGGUGCACAAUCCGCUUAUUUCGGUGUAGCUGGAGGUGCAGGUGGUGGUGGGGCACAAUCCGCAUAUUUCGGUGUAGGCGGAGGAGCUGCACCAGUUGGCGGAGCUGCUGCGCCUUUACCAGCUGCUGGAGCAGCACCAGUUGCAGCAGUACCAGUUGCAGCAGCACCAGGAGCUUCUACUAUGACCGCCAUAGGAGCACCUGCAGGAAAAUCAACUAUGACUGCCAUUGGUGCACCAGCAGGCGCUUCAACAAUGACCGCAAUUGGAGCACCAGCAGGAAAAUCAACUAUGACUGCCAUUGGUGCACCAGCAGGCGCUUCAACAAUGACCGCAAUUGGAGCACCAGCAGGAGGAAAAUCCACUAUGACAGCCAUUGGUGCACCAGCAGGAGCAUCAACGAUGACAGCUAUCGGUGCACCAGCCGGAGCAUCAACAAUGACAGCUAUCGGAGCACCAGCAGGAGGGAAGUCGACAAUGACAGCUAUAGGAGCACCAGCAGGCGCAUCAACUAUGACAGCUAUAGGAGCACCAGCGGGAGGAGCUGCUUCAACGAUGACCGCUAUCGGUGCACCAGCAGGUUGCUACAAUCAUAAUAGCCAUAUAUAUUAG